ACCGCCACAGUUUAUCGGUCGCCUAUCGGUUCUCAUGCGUCGAAAAAUAAAGUAAUAGUAUAAAAGUAAUUAAAAUUAUGCUUAAUUCGUGCAAUAAAACUCUGUGCAUUAAGUGUACUUGAAGAUAAAACAAAUGCUGUGCGUUCUUUGUACUAUUGUUGCUAUUUUGCAAGUUUAGUUAACAAGAUUUUGAGGGCCUUACACAUUUUUUCAGCAGACGCAUGAAAAAUGGCGGCGUCUUCAGCUACGGCUGAAUGUAAAGAAGAAUGUAAAGAUAAAGAUGACGAUGCAUUAACCACAACGCUACAUUCAUGUGCAAACGAUCCAGAUUUUGCGGUAAUUUGUGCAUUUUUGCAAAAAUUUGCCAAAGAUUUGGGCUUGGCUUUGCCAAAUUUCAAGCAUUUGCAGGAGUGGUUGACAAACAACGAUGAAGUGGCCGAACUGCGCGAUCUGCACAUUAAGCUGUUGCGUAAAACACGCAAAACGGUGCACGAAAAAAGUUGGGAAUCAUCGGUGAGCAAAUUCUGUUUCGGCUACUCCCUGCAGGAUGCCUGGGAGAUUGAGCGUUUCGGCUAUCGCAACUCCAGCCUGAAGGUCAAGCUGCGUAUCCUACGCGAACUGCUUGAGAGCCAAUUCGAACGUAAUGCCAAAUUUCGUGCGAAUAUUCUAACGCAAAAUGCGAGCACAUUGCGUGCACAGCCAAUAGGGCGUGAUCGUUUGGGCCACGCCUACUGGCUAACACAGGAUGGCGACUGCAAUUUGCGCAUUUAUCAGGAGCAUUUGGACGAGGAGAUAUGGCAGGUGGUGGCCACCAAUCGAGAUGAAUUUGUGAAUUUGAUUGCACGCCUGCGCGGCAAUGAGGUGGUGCUGCCCUCCAAGGAUAUCGGCGAGGCAGAUGAGGAUACCACAAGCAGCAGCAGCAGCAGUCACAAUGCACCGCCGCCAGCUGCAACCACAGAACAGCGGUCAGAACAAGAUGAUGAUUCGCACGAGGCAAAGGUGCCCAACUUGAAGAUCAAGCUGCGCACGCCCGAGCAGCAGCAGCAGCAGGAACAACCGGAAGCGGAACUAAAGCCCAAAAAGGUCAAGCCACUGCUUAUAACACAGGCCAAACUAAGUGGCUCGCCAGCGCCGGCUAAGAAGAGGCCGUUGGAGGAUUCGGACGGUAGUCCACCGUUGGCUUCGGAGGAACAGCAUAAGAAGCAGCGACCCACACUGUUGGACACAAAACGUAUUAAGAAGCCCAGUCGCUAUGAGAGCACUAAAUCCGAAGAUGACAACGAAGUCGACUCGGAAGACUCGGAGUUGGAUGAGGGCGAGGAGGAGGAGGAGGAAUCGCUUGAUGGCGAAGAAGAAUCCCUUGAUAGUGCUGCUGCUGACGAGGAUGAAAACGAGCGAAAAUUUAACGAAGACGAUGAAAAUGAUGAAGAUGAUGAUGAGGAGGAUGAAGAUGAAGAUAAUGAAGUCGGCGAAGCCAUUGAAGAGCCCACGUUAAUAGUUCACGGCCAGGGAUCCGGUCGCGACUGUGAGGCCUUGCCAGAUGAUGUACAGUUUCUUAGCGACUUUGCAGCUAAUGAGGAAUUGGAUGCGCCUGUGGGCGAGACAAUCGUUGAACCGCUCUACUAUGUGCUCGGCUCUGGCAGCGGCGCUGAGUGUCUGGUUGGCAAUGGCAAUACGGAAACCAGUGCUGAGGAGGAGCCCACAGCCAAGAACGAGCCAAAGGCUACGUUCUUUUUCGGCGAGCCUGGUUGCCUUAAACUAAGUCCCAUCAAACAGACGCCAAAGCAGGAAACUAAACGCAGCAUAUUCGAUAGCAUAGGCGAGCCAGAACCAGAGACAGAGCCAGAAAAAACCAAUGGAGAGAGCCUAAAGCCGGCAGAAAACGAAAACAAGCUGGCGCCAGCGCUCAAUGGAAAUGAGUCACCGGAGCAGCAGCAAGAGCUGGAAACGAAACCCCAGCCUAGUUCUGAAAGUGACAAAAUUGUAGUUGAAGCAAAGGUGUCAGCACCAGAGCCAUCGGACAAGCCAGUGGAAAUUGCGACUGAAAAGCCAAGUGCAACACAAGAAAUCUCAAAUGAACAAAAGGAGGAAAAGCCUGAAAAAUCCGAAGAAAACAUCGAACAAGUGUACAAGGUGCGACUGAUAGAAACGGCAGACGAAGCGCUAGAAAUAGUUAAGAAAAGCAUUGAAGCCGAAACAACAAAAGAGGCAGAUGAAUCGGAGCCCAGAAAGAAGCUUCAAACUGUAGCUGAAAAAACGGAAGAUAUUAAAAAACAAAACACAAAUCAUGCUGACAAAGAAGAAGAACCCAAACCCAUAAAAGAAGCAACCGCAGCUGAAAAGCAUGCAGAACCUGCAGCUGAACCAGCUAAAGAAACGCUGGAAAACAAUACGAAAACGGCCGCAAACGAACAAGCUGAGCCGCAGCAGGCAACAGCAGUUGCAAUUAUCAGCGAAUCUGUUGAACCAGCUGCAAAUGGAGCAAACAUCGUUGAAGCCGACGUAACCGCUGCUGUUGCGGCUGCUGCUGAAAUACCUGCUAGUGAGCCGGUUGCUGAAUGUGGCCACGACAAAAAGUUAACGCAGACAGUACAAAAUGAAUUGCCUAGCACCUCGAAGGUCGUAAGCCCAAUAGAUAAUCAAAACGUCAAGCCUGAAAAGCCUAUAGAAAACAAAUCCCUAGAGCCGAGCUGUGAAGCAAAGACAACCAAGGACAGCAAGCCAGAAAUUGUGGUCUCAAGUGAGGCACCCGUGAGCCAGGACAGAAAACUAAUGCUGCUGCCCAAUCGCAAGCGUCGUCUGGCCGAGUUUGCAGCGCCCGCAGCGCGUCAGUCCACAUCCGAAAGUGAACUGGACGUACAUGGCGAGCUUCAGCUGGAGGAUGAGCAACAACAGCAAGUGGAUGGCUUGGAUAACGAUGACGAUUUGGAUAUUGGCGGUAAGCGCUUCAAAAUGCGCCCAAAGAUCACCAACGUUGAGGUGCGUCGCAAGGUGGAGGCGCAGAAAACACAAAUCGAGGAGACCACCUCCUCGAGCGGCGAGGAAGAUGCGCGCAGUCGCCGCAAGAUCAUUGCGCCCAAACGUCAUCUGGAGAAGCCCAAUCCGGUUAAGCAAAAGCCCACGCUGGCCGAAAUCAUUGAGAAGAAAUUGAAAAAGACGCCGGAAAAGCCAAAAGAAGAGCUGCCCGAGCAGCAGGCGCAGCCACCGCCACCGUCGCAUCCGGCGACAACGUCAACGACAACGAUGCAGCCAGUCAACGAGGUUACGCCGCCCGCAGCAGCAAAAGUCGAGCCAGUGCCGUUUACACCGCCCAAAAAGUCGCCCAUUACGAAGCCACUGAAAAAGAAUUUGCUUACCCAAAUCCGUCAGGAGGAGAGCGACGAGGAGGCCAUACCCAGAAAGCGCACCAACAGCGAAACAGUUGUCGCUCCGGCGCCAGUUAACCCAGGCUUGGAGUCCACACUGCAACGCAAACGGCGCAGCAGCGAGGAAGCCAAGGAGUCCAAGGAGGCCAGCGCUGGCGAAGAGUUGCCCGCAAUUAGCGAGAAACUCAAGCGUAACAAUGAUCAGCAAUUUCUCGAGGAGGAACCGCCCACAUCAGCACCUCAGGAGUCACAGCCAGGCAAGCAGUCGACACCACAGCCGCCGGUUAAGCAAGCAACACCUCCACCCGUCAAGCAGGCAACACCUCCACCCGUCAAGCAGGCAACACCUCCACCUGUCAAGCAAGCAACACCUCCACCCGUGAAGCCAGCAACACCGCCUCCCGUGAAGCAAGCAACACCUCCACCCGUUAAGCAAGCAACACCGCCUCCCGUGAAGCAAGCAACACCUCCACCCAUGAAGCAAGCAACACCUCCACUCGUCAAAGAAUUUGCAGCUGUGCCCGUGAAGGCAGCAGCAGCUGCUUCUGUCAAGCAGGAAACGCUACCAAUCAAAAAAGGAACAACCCCUCCCGGCAAGCAAGCGACGCCACCAUCGGUUAAAAAGGAGGCAUCACUGGUCAAGCAGACAACACCACCAGCUGCUAAGGAGGAUACGCCACCACCAGCAGAAGCCUUGGGACGGCGCUCUGGACGUCGCGGUGGCGCCGCAGUAGUCUAUUCUGAGCUGCCGCAGCCCAAGCGCACCAGGGGUGGCCCCAAAGAAAAGCCCGUCGUUGAAAACAAGCAGCAUAUCAAAGAAGAUCCACUCAAAACUGAAGAAGAGCCCCAGGAAGAGGUGAAGGGCGAGGCGGAGGAGCAGCCGCAAACAGUUAAAGCAGUCAAAUCAAAGGAGGAACCCAAGGAGGAAUUAAAAAGUGAUCCACUCGCUGAGGAGGAGCUAACGAUCAAGGAAGAGCCUAAAACCAAGGCAGAAACUGAAGAGCCAGCGGAAAAACCAAAGAGUUUAGAGCCCAAGGAGGAGAUUGCAAAACCAGCUGGCGUCGGGCGUGGCCGUGGUCCGCGCAAAAAGCGUGAGGUGGACACCACGAACAUAAUUGAUACCAACGAUUCGGAGACGCCGGUGCGUCAAUCGCGUCGCAUAGCGCAGCAGAAGAUCAAGGAAGAGGCAGAGCGACGCAAAUUGGAGGAAGUGGCGUUGCGCAGCAUGAAACAGCAGCUGAAGAACAAGAAGAAGGCUGAGAAGGAAGCGGAUCCCACAGUGCUAGAGCCCUCGGCAGAGUCCGAGUCCUUUGAGUCGGCCAGCGAGGCCGAAGAGACCAAAAAGAAGAUCAAGAAAAAAUGCCCCGGCAAGGAUGGCUGGUCCUCGGACUCCGAGGAGCAGGCUGAAACCGAGGAGGAGGAGGAAGAGCCACCACACUAUGAAACAGAUCCCGGCUCGCCGCUCUUUAAAUCCGAUCAUGAAUUCUCACCCGAAUCGGAACUGGAGGAUGACAGCCAAGUGGUGCCCAUGAAACGGGCUCGCACAUUGCGCAAAGAGAACGCCGACGAUAACGAGGAUUACGCAGCCGCCGCAGAUGCGGACGAAGCGUGCCAGAAGUGCGGCAAAUCGGAUCAUCCCGAAUGGAUUCUCUUGUGCGAUACGCCCGGCUGCAACAAAGGCUAUCACUGCUCCUGUCUCAGUCCCGUGCUUUUCUACAUACCCGAGGGCGAUUGGCACUGUCCGCCCUGCCAGCAGGAGCAGCUCAUCGUUGCCCUCGAGCAGAAGCUGCAGCAGUUCGAUGAUCUGGUUGCUCGCAAGCACCAGGAGAAACUUUUGGCCGAGGAGGCGGUGCGCCAAGCGGAAGCCGCAGCAGCUGCCCGCACUGCCAGCGAGCUGGAGGAGCGAUCCAAUGCGAGAAAGAAGGAUGUCAAUGAUGACGGCGAAGAUGAUGAGGAUGACGAUGACGAUGAUGAUGACGACGAUGACGAUGGCGAUGGCUCCAGCAAGGCCAAUAAGCGCUCCAAGCCGGAAAAGACGAAGAGACGACGUGGAGACGGACGCAGCAAUCGGCGAGCAGCUAAACGCGGCACCCGGCGACGUCGCGGUGGCAAGGACGACGCUUCGGACAGCGGCAGCAGCGCCACGAAGAGCGGCAAACAACAGUCGGGCGGCGCGGGAGGCGCACGCUCGGGUGGCAGCUCCAGCAGCAGUUCCAGCAGCAGCAGCAACAGCAGCAGCUACUCGGACUCGGACGAUGAACCCAUUUACAAGCUGCGCAAGCGUCGGCAGAUCAAUGUCAGCUAUCGGCUCAAUGAAUACGAUGAUCUGAUCAAUUCGGCGCUAAAGAAAGAGAUGGACGAGGUGGCGGGGGCUGGGAAUCUGGGCAGGGGCAAGGACAUCAGCACCAUCAUCGAGGCGGACAAGGAGAAGACGCGACGCGAAGAGGAGGGCGACGAUCAGCCCGAGGAGGGUGCUCAGGCGCAGGUCAAAGCGGCAAAGGACACAUCAGACACACAGCACAAAUCCAGCAACGAGGAUGACAGCAACGACGACAACGAGGAUGAGCAGCCGCUGAAAACGGUGGGCAAGUCCAAGAGCAAGGCGGCUCAGCCGGUCAAAAAGAAGGCACGUAAGCUGACCACACUGGAUGUUAGCUCCGAGGAGGAUCAUGGCAGCGAUGAGGACUUUAAGACUUCCAGUUUCUCGGACGAGGAUAGCUCGCAAUCUGCCUCGGAUGAUUCCGAUUCCAGUCUAGAGGUCUAUCGCCGGCCCGGGCGUGGCAAAAAGCAGCGCAAGGCAGCCCGACGUGCGGCACGUGAGCGCCGCAAGGAUCGCAAAUUUGUGGUGGAGGAGAGCGAUGAAAGCGACGACGAGGAUCUACGACAGCAACGCUCCAAGUCCAAUAAAUCACAAAAGAAGAAAAAGAAAGAGGAUUCCGACUAUACGGAAACGGAAACCGACGACGAUGAUGACAACGGUUCCGAGUUGUCGGAGAACAUGGACAGCGCUGAUCUGUGCGAUGACACGACCAGCGAAAGCGAGGACGGCGCCUGGCAUCCAUCGAAGCGUAAGAAGGCAGCCGCCGCCAAGAAAUCCUCCAUGGCCAUUGCACGCAAGUCGCCCAAAUUGAAGAAGCCCGCCAACAAAAAGACCAAACAGCUCGAGUAUUCAGACGAUGACAUCAGCGAGAGCGAGGAGGAGGACGAAGAGGAUGACGACGAUGAAGUCCAGAUGGGUGCCAAUGGUGCGCCAAUGUCGGGCAAAGGUUCCGGCAAGCAGCCACGUUCGCAGCCCUUAAAGAAGACGACAACAACGACAGCAACGUCGGCGCAGGCGCAGUCGUCCGGCAAGGGCAAGGGCAAAGGCAAGGGCACUAAGAAAAAGAAGAAGGCGGCUUCCUCGGACGAUGGCGGCGGCGGCGGCGGCUCCGAUGAGCGUACGCGUACACGAGGCCGUCGCUAUGCCUACAUUGAGGACUUUGAUGACGAUAGCUCCGAUGGCGGCAUUAAGCCGGGCGUACAGCGACCGGAUACACCGCCCGAGGAGCGUCAGAAGUUCAUACAGAAGCAGGAGGAGAUCAAGCGCAUGCUUGCCGAAAAGAAUGCCGAGGGCGCCAAGCUAGCGGCAACGCCACGCCUAACCCCCAUCAAGGGCUCAACAGCAGUGGCAGGCCCAGCGGCAGCAGCAGCAGCAGCUGCAGCCGCUUCCCAGCAGCUGAAGCAGCGCACGCCCAGCAAAGUAGGUGCUACUCCUGGUGCAGGUGAUUCGCUGUCUACGGUGCCGUUGUCUGUAAUACGUCAGGCCAAGGUGCUGGACAUUGAUUAUCUGCAUCGCAAGGGCGAGGCCAUUGAUGAUCUAGACGAUGUGGACUCGGAGCUGGAUGAUGCCGAGCUGCCCGACUUGCCCGAGGAUAUGGAGGAUGCCAUUGCGCGCAUGGUGGUCGAGCAGUUAAGUUCGGAGUCAUCUGUGCGUGAUCUGCCGCCACCGGACGAGGUGUUGCGCCAUGCCACGCCAGCCAAAGCGAAGGUGACCAAACAGUUGCCAACAACGCCGCCGGAGACGUUGCCCAGCGCCUCGGGACUUCAGGAGCCGCUGCGCAAACGCUUGCCCAUGCCCACAAUGCAUCCGCCGCUGCUGCGACAUCAGUUCUCGCCGCAUGGUCCACCAGGUGGGCUGCCCGCCUCGCUGCUGCCGCCGCCGCCAGCGGGUCAACAACAACAACAACAACAGCAGCAGCAGCAGCAACAGCCGCCACCAGGCAUGCAUCCAAUGCUGCAGAGGCAUUUGGCACCACCACCGCCGCAGGCCAUGCAGCUGCUGCAAAAUGCUCUCUCAGCGCCGCUGGGCCAGCCGUUGAGUCGCGCGAACUAUGCGCCGGCACAGCAACAGCAGCCGCUGUCGGCCAUGCAGCGUCUGCCCUUGGGCAUGUCCAUGCCAGCUGCUGCAGCAGCACAUCUGAUGCAGGCCGCCGCUGCGGCUGCUAAUGUGCGUCCGCCGGCGCCAGCGCCCGAUUCCAAGCCGCGUGGUCGCCGAAAAAAGGUGACGCCUCUGCGGGAUCAACUGCAGAAGCAGCAAACCGCUGCCGCUGUCACCGCCGCCACAUCCUCAGUGGGCAACGAGAAGCCAGCAGCUUCGGGCAAGGCGCCGCAGCCGCCGCCGUCGCUGCCAGCGCCGCCACAGUUGUUCAAGCCACACGAGGAUGCGCCGCAGUCGGUCAACGUCUCGCAGGCUUCUGUCAUUACACGCAUGCCCAUGGCCUCGCUGCUGCCGCCGGCCCAUGCACGCGGACCACCACAACCGCCGCCCGGCGCUGGCAUGUAUCCGAGCAGCGCGGAACUGGCACGUUUCUAUGGCCAGCCGCUGCCGCCGAGCUCCGCAUUGCGACCCACCUAUGGCGCUCCGCCGCCAUUGCGUGGUGCACCGCCGCCCACGUCGACUGCGGCUGCACCGCCUGGCAGUGGGCCCAAUGCACGUCCACCGCCCUAUCUGCACGGCCCGGAGCAUCAUGGCGGUCCACCGCCGCCUGGCUCCCUGGCCAGUGUCUAUGGCGCCGGUCCGCCACCGGCGCGGCAUGCUUCACCGCAUCUAAAUCCCUACAGAGCACCGCCUAUUUAUGGCAAUCCCAACUAUCCGCCGCGUGUGGGACCGCCCGGCAGCGCCAAUAUGCGGCCCGGCCCUGUGGACUAUGCAGCCGGUGCGCGCGGCUAUCCACCCUAUGGCUACUAUCCACCACCAUUGAGCACACCGCCCGCGCAUGCAGCUGCGCCCAGUUCGGUGAUUGUCAGUGCGCCGCCGCCGCCGCCGCCUGCCACGCCCACAAAUCAUUCAGUAUCCGCACUGACGCGCGGCAAAUCGCCAGCACCAACAGCAGCGCCAGUUGUGGCGCCUCCUCCUGCCGCAACAGCACCACCGCCCACACCGCCAGCCGCCGUCACGCCACCGUCGGUGAUAACCAGCAAGAAACUGAUCACACUGGAGGCCUACUCCAAUACCAAAUCGCCGCUAGCUGAAACAACGACAACAACAGCGGAUUCGCCAGCUGCCGUGGCCGAGGAGGACUCCAGCUCGGCGCACGGCAGCAGCAGCACCGCCGUCGCAGCGAACAGUGUGGGCGGUGGUGUCGGCGAGUUUAGCGGCCUGGUGAGCUACUUUAGCUCCCAGCAGGAUGAUUAUGAUACAUAACAAACGCCGGCAACCGCCCAAGCUUGUAUAUAAUGUAGUUGAUCUAUAUAGAAAUGUAUAAUGUGUAGAGUA